GAUUAUAAAUAAAACAAAACAUUUGUAUUAUUUAUAAUCUCUUUGGUUCAAAGUCAAUACAUCAUAUCACUAUAGCAUAGAAUCUUCUGAGGCAGACGCGAAUGGAUCCUCUUGAAAAAGAAAGCUGCGUAGGAUUUCUAAAUAAGAUAAUUAAAGGUCAAGAGUUAAGUUACAUUGAAGAGCACAUUCCAAUGUUUCUAAGAUGGCUUAAAAGCUCACAAAAUUCCUCCUUUCAAAGAAGUGCAUUUUUGUGCUUAAUUUCAAUUCACAAUCAUUAUGGAAUGGAUCUUUUUUCAGAAGAGCAUGUUAUCUGUGUCAACAAACUGAUGCUUCAAUGGCUUUCCAAUGCAAGUCGUGUGUCGGCACCAAACCCCUAUCAACGCGCAAUAUUCAAUUCAAAAACAAUGCUUCAACCUGUGACAGAAGUAGAUGGAAAGAACUGCGAAUCGUUUUUUACUGUUUUAAACAUUGCCCAUUAUUGCACUAUGGAUCAAUGGUUGAACAUCGCUAUAUUCUCUUCAGUACGCUGGUGGCUGUUAACCACAUGGUCCUACCAAAACGGCUUUUGUGGGAUCAGCACUAACAUACCUUGUGAUUUAAGUAGUAUGAGAAGUGAAUCGCCUAUACCCUUUGCACAAGCAUCUUUUGUAGAACCAAUAUUUUUUGACGAGCGCAACUUACGAACCCAGGACGCAAGUGACAAGAACGAAGAUUUGUUGUCAUCGCCGUUGCCUAGCAAUGAUGACUGGAAUGCUGCUAGCACGCCAAUUAAAGAUACUGAUGAAAACAGGAGUGUGAGCAGUUGCAGCAAUUUGUCGGGCACGCGCAGGACUUUUGGAAGCGAGUCUAGUUUUUUUUCGGAGUCCUAUCAGGAUGAUACUCUGGUGCAGAAGACUAUUGCGUAUUGCUAUAGGCUACUUAAACAGACUGAGUAUAACACAACGACAUUACAUGAUGUUUCGUUACAAAAAGCGUGCGUUAUUGAAGCCGUGAGUCUGUUGGAUUUCUUCUGUGAGAAAGAGGCAGACUUAGUUCCCAGAGCCAUACAAGCCGUUCGCAAGGUUGACAAUCAUGUAAAGAAAUUGUCAGAAUGGGUCGAAGUUUUGCUGCCCAUUCUUUUGUUUUAUAUCAAAUACGGCGAAGCUGUUAUUCUUGAUGCCGAACCUUACAUUCGCCAUUUCUUUGAAGACAUUUUAUACAACAGCUUUACCAGCCCCGAGCUUGCAUUUGAAAUCGUCGACUUUUGCAUUGAAAACAAAGAAGAAUUGCGACAGUCGACCAACAUUUUCUCAAAAUACUUCCCCAAUAUAUUCAAGAUUAUUGCUUGGUUUCCAAGAACGUUUCUCAAAGAAUUCAUGGAAUUAUUGCCGAUGAUGAUCAAUGAAAAUAAUUAUGUUGAAAUCUUUCAUCUUCUCCUUGAUCUUCCUUGCCUUUCUGCUGCACUGAUGACCGUACAACAAUCAAAAAGAUGCAGCGCCAAGACAAACUCGGAAUCCAUCGUCGUCUUGCGUAAAUCUGUCAAAGCAUAUAACAAUUCGAAAUUCAGGGGAUUGUUUUCGUUCAUUUUAAGAAGGGAAAGUGGCAUUGCUGAUACCAUCAAUAGGUUAAAUAUUCUUCAUUCACUGUUUGAAGAUAUGGUCAAUUGCCCUAGAGUUUUGAUUUCGGCCCAAGUAUCGUGGCUUUUGCUCAGGGUGUAUUUUCAAGAAGUUCUUCGAAAUAAAGACAUCGAAGAGACAAAACUUUUCCCCAUAUUAUUGGAGCGUGUUGUGUCCAUAAUCGAUAUCAAAGAAUAUAAAAACAAUAUCCUAAGCCUUUUUGCUUCCCAACUUCGAUCUAUGUUCAAACUACAUCCUGACCUGUUGUUCGAGUAUUCAGGCGAUAUCAUUGAGUUUGUUCAGGAAAUGAAGACGUUGGAUACAACUUCCAAGCAGUUCUUUACCAAUCUGGUGUGGAUCAUCGGAGAGUAUGCUUCUAACAAAUAUGACGUCAGAUAUGACAAUUCCUUUGUUGUCAAAUUCCACGAGUUAAUCGAAAGUGUGACCUAUGAACUAGCAUCAACGAAGAAUGUAGAUGGCAAGCUUCAACAAGACUAUUGUAGCUCACGCUUGUUUUGUGUUUUAAUGUUGACAUUAGCGAAGCUUGCUUCCAGAUGUCCUGAUCUUAUACCAAAAGUCAUCCUUUGUCUUCGCAAAGUAUCCAAACAAAGAGCUGAUGUUUGUGUUGAACAAGCCGAAAAAGCCACAGUUAUGAAUAAGGCAAGGGAACUGAUCAGUUUACUAAGUAUUCCAAGUGUUGCACAGUUGAUCUUAAGUCCAGACCCGUCAAUAAAAGAAGGAAGACUUCAUCGUGAUCGGCACACAUCUUUGUCUUUCUUCAUGAACUCAUCAAGAGAUAUGAUGUUUUAAUAAGAUCACUCCUGUCGAGUCUGAAAAAGUUGCACAAAGUCAAUAACUGGAACACUUACUGCAAUUUUUGCUAGUUCACCUUUGUACCAAAAUUAAGAAGAUCAUCCAUCCACUGUCAGGUGUUGUGUGUUUCAUAACAAUUGAAAGGGAGACAUUUGCAUUUUAUCAUAUUUAUCAAUUUAUGGAAUACACUCACCCUACCCCCUCUUGUCAGGUUCUUGUGAUCAAGAACCUUAUUUAAAAUUUCGAUUCAAGAAUUUUUUAUACGUGCUUCACGUUAAAUUUCAAUCAAAAUGCAAAAAUAUUAACAUCUUGGAAAAUCUUGGCUAUAGGUUAAUCAGCCAAAAAAUCAUGUUACUGCUCUGAAAAGCGAUGCUUUUGACAAUACACCUGGUAAUAUAGCUUUAGCACAUGAAACAGUUUUUGUUGCAAGUUCGGUUUGCACUGAAAACAGAUAAUUUCUGUCUUGAUUUAGAAAUAAUCAUUAAAUUUUCGAAGAAUGGAAUGCUUCAUAAUUAAAAAUAGCAAAAAAAGUAAA